ACUCGCUCCCUGUCCUACCUUCGACCCCGGGAAGCGCAGCGCAGCGCAGGCUUUUGGGGAGACGCUCCUCUGCUCUCGGCAGGACUGCUGGAAAGCACGAGCAGGGAGGCCAUGGCCACCCCGCUGGUGACUGUGGGCACCACCACAGUGGAUGGGCAAACCCUGUUCUACCGGCAGGCCAAUCCGGCCCAGCAGGCCCCCAAGCUGUCUGUCCUUCUGCUCCACGGCAUUCGCUUUUCAUCGGAGACCUGGCUCAACCUGCAGACACUGUCUAAGCUGGCUGAUGCUGGCUACCGUGCUGUGGCCAUUGAUCUGCCAGGGUUCGGCCAUUCCAAGGAGGCAACAGCUCCAGCCCCUGUUGGGCAGCCUGCCCCAGGGGGUUUCCUAAAGGCUGUCUGUGAGGCCCUGCAGUUGGGCCGGGUGGUUGUGAUCAGCCCGUCCCUCAGCGGGAUGUAUUCGCUCCCGUUCCUCUUCCAGCACAGCCAGCUGGUUCAGGCCUACGUGCCGGUGGCACCCAUCUGCACCGAGAAGUUCCCCACCACGCAGUACGCCAGCAUAAAGACCCCCACGCUGAUUGUGUAUGGGGACCAGGACACCCAGCUGGGGGAGAUGAGCCUGAACAACCUCAGGAACCUGCCCAAUCACAAGGUGCUGCUGCUGAAAGGAGCAGGACAUGCCUGUUACCUGGAAAAGCCGGAGGAGUGGCACCUGGGCCUGCUGGACUUCCUGAAGAGCCUGGAGUGACGAGUGGCCUCUCUUUUGCCCCAGCCCUUCGGUGCACAAUCUGUCAGACACAGGGCUGGCUCUUUGGUGCAAUCCUCCUGUGGAGGAUCUGAGGACCACAGCUUCUCUCUUCCACUAGAGCGGGUACUUAAUCGAUGGCUUCUUGCCAAUCUCGGACAAUCACAGCACGCUUGGGUGUUUGCAAAGGGCGGCCACACAGCCAGAAGCGCCUUCCUGGCAGCCAGGUGCUUGCUCCUUUUCCUUCUUUUUAAAAUGAUUAGAUUUGAAAGGUCUGUAGAAGCUGAUUGGCUAGUAGAAUGGGGUGAGAUGGGGGUAUUGAGGGCAGGUUCCCCAGCUGCAUAUUCUAGUGCAACCCCGUCCUGCCAGUCCUAGCUCCACAGCUCUGCCAAUGCUCCUGCCCUGCAGCUUCCCUAUGACUCCAGCCCUGCCCCCACCCUGCUGUGCCAGUGCCCCCAAUCCUGCCCUGCAGCGCUUCUGCACCCCACUCUGCGGUGCUAGUGCCCCUGCUACUCCAGCCCUGCCCCCACCCAGCUCUGCCAAUGCUCCUGCUCCUGCUCCUGCAGCCUCCCUGCUACUCCAGCCCUGCCCCCAUCCAGCUCUGCAGUGCCAGUGCCCACGCUCCUGCCCUGCAGCUUCCCCGUGACUACAGCGCUGCCCCCACCCAGCUCUGCCAGUGCCCCCAAUCCUGCCCUGCAGCCUCCCUGCUACUUCAGCCCUGCCCCCACCCAGCUCCGCAAGUGCCCCCGCUUCUGCCCUGCAGCCUCCCUGCAAUUCCAGGCCAACCAACCCAAGUCUGCACACCUCAGUCCUGACCUGCAGCGCCCCCAGCUACUUCAGCCCUAUCCUAGCCCCACUGAUGUGCCUUAAUCCUGCUGUGAUCCUCACUGGAGCACACACUGGCACCCACCCCCAACACUGCUUGGCUUGGGAGGAGCGACCCAGACCCUGAGAGCCGCACAGAGGCCAAACUCACUGCCAGCCUGGGAUCGUUCAGGGAGCUUCCUCCCAAAACCCCAAACUCUGGGGCAGCAGCACCUAAUCCUUCACAAGCAAAUAAAACUCAGAUCUGGG